UGGUAGUUGGUAGUUGGGAGUUGGCAGUUGGGAGUUGGCAGUUGGGAGUUGGCAGUUGGGAGUUGGGAGUUGGCAGUUCGUAACCUUUAAACUUUGCAACAAUAAUUAGCCUGCUUUUAAAUUAUGAUACUGGCACCGAUAUCUAGCUGGCCUAAGACGUCAAUAUUAAUCUUAUAUGUACAUGUAGGUAGGGAGAUCAUUUCAAGUCUAAUCCUCUACCUAUAUUCCCAGAUCCCAGCAGGGAGGGGGGAAUUAUAGAAACAGGUUUUGCAUGGCACUUUUAGAUUCUAUUGAGGCUAUUUAAAGUUAUGGUUAAAAGAUUAGAGGCAGUGCAAAGAUCUACAUGUAUAUACAACAUUUGCUAACUGCAAAGUUUAAAGGUCACGAACUACCAACUGCCAACUGCCAACUACCAACUGCCAACUGCGAACUACCAACUGCGAACUACCAACUGCCAACUGCGAACUACCAACUGCCAACUGCGAACUACCAACUGCCAACUGUCAACUGCCAACUGCGAACUACCAACUGCCAACUGCCAACUGCCAACUGCCAACUACCAACUGCCAACUACCAACUGCCAACUGCCAACUACCAACUGCCAACUGCCAACUACCAACUGCCAACUACCAACUGGAGUAGCACUCAGGGCCACCGUACACGAUGCUCACAAAGACACCAUCUCUGUUCAUCCUUCUACUGGUAACACUCUCAACUGUCACUGCAUUGCAAUUUAAUUAUGCACAAUCAUCGGAAGUUUUGCGUACGACAGACAAUCGCAUACGAGGAGCUCAGAACAGACUAAACAAAGAUUUUGUGUUUGGAGGACUCAUUCCCGUUCAUUCAGAUGAUCCCGGUUCAGGUGGAGGUCAAUGUGGAGCAAUUCGGACUGAGAGAGGACUAGAGAGAAUGGAAGCAAUGCUUUUUGCAGUCGACCUUAUAAACAACGACUCAGAACUUUUGGCAGGGCUAGAAAUUGGCUAUGACAUUCGAGACACAUGCAACAGUGAGAAUAUAGGGCUGGACGAAACGAUUGAUUUGGUAAUCACGGGAAGUCAAUUGGACAUUCAAAGCUGCCAGUUGUCAAGUAUGGCCCCUAACAACAUGGUGGAUAAUAUCUCCAUUAACCCUCCCACUUCUGGUAUCAUUGGUGCAGCUGCCAGUCGAGUCAGUGUCCCGGUAGCUAGUCUAGUACGGCUAUUCCAAAUCCCUCAAAUCAGUUAUGCAUCUUCCUCGGCUAUUUUGAGCAAUCGAGAUCGCUACGAAUAUUUCUAUCGAACAAUUCCACCAGAUGACCAACAGGCUAGAGCUAUGCUCGACAUUUUGCUGAAUUUUAAUUGGACGUACGUGUCUACUAUCUACUCACGAAAUCCGUACGGAGAGCCUGGAAUAACUGAAUUUAGGAAAUUAGCAUCAAAAAAUGGCAUUUGUAUCGAUUUGGACAUGGGAAUCGAGGAUAUUUCUGUGGACUCGGAUUUCGAUACGUUAGCUGAUGCACUCAUUGCCUCGUCAGCAAAUAUUGUAAUUGUGUUUGCUUCUCAAGACAACGCAGAGCAAGUGCUUCGUAGAAUUGCAAACUCGACGAUAGCAAGAACUCGAUUCACUUGGAUAGCUAGCGAUGCUUGGGCAAGGUCUAAUAGUGUCGUGAAUCAGUUUAGUGAGACUGCUGCUGGUUUAUAUGGAAUUGCACCCUUGACUGAACAUGUGACACAAUUCAACGAAUACUUCUCACAACUUACCAUCGAUAGCAACGUCAGAAAUCCGUGGUUCACAGAAUAUUACGCCGCCUUUGCCAACUGUGACGUAUUGAAUACCAGCGUACUAAACGCAUGCUCACAGAAUGAGAGUGUGACAGGUCUACCUCAAUACCAACAAGGAAAUGUGGUUCCCCUGGUAAUAGAUGCCGUGUAUGCUUAUGCACAUGCUCUACAGAACUUUCUCCACGAAAAUUGUCAGUUACCAAUACAAUGGGACAGAACCAAUCAAUCGUGUGCCGGACAAUCUCAACAACUAACAGGAAGUGUGCUGCUUCAAUAUAUACGUCAGUUGGACUUUGUUAAUAACAUCACUGGAAACAGAAUCAUUUUCGACAGCCAAGGAAAUGUUGAGGGGAAAUAUGAGAUAUUAAACUAUCAAGCAAAUGGUGAUAUCAGAAAUGGAGAUUACUUUUUUUCUAGAGCAGGAAUAUGGGACAGUUCUGUACUGAACGAUAGCAAUCUUGAAGCACUAUCAAUUGUCGAUAUGCAAAGUCUUCAAUUCGGAAUAGACAAUUCAACUAAUUCCAUUCGCAGGCAACCUCAGAUAUCGCAGUGUGGGAGAUGUGAGGUUGGUGAGUACAGAAGAAUUGUACAGUCUUCGUGUUGUGGGACAUGUGACCCGUGUGUGGGCGGUAAUUAUUCCUCUAAUCCCAUGGGCUUGCAGUGCCUGCAGUGUGGAGGGGAGACUUGGGGGAACAAUCCACUGGUGGGCAGCGACUCGUGUGUUCCAAUACCAGACUCGUUUAUUCGCUAUAGUGAUGCAUUCUCGAUUAUUGUGAUAAUACUUGCUGUGUUGGGCCUCAUAGCUGUUGCAGCCGUCACCAUAACGUAUGUUAUAUACUGGAAGACACCUGUUGUGAAAUCUUCAGGACGAGAGCAAAUGAUAACUUUACUCAGUGGAAUCGGACUGAUCUUUAUUCUAGCAUUUGUGUACGUGAGUCCUCCUGAGCCAGGAGUCUGUGCCGUACAGAGAAUGGGAUUUUGGGUCUGUUAUUCAAUUAUAUUUGGUGCUCUAUUGGUCAAGAUUGUUCGAGUAACGAGGAUAUUUUACAGGUCUGCAAAUUUGUCACGAACUAGAUUUACAGAGCCCUACUAUCAAGUGAUUUUCACGAGCAUAAUAAUAUUUGGUCAAGUACUUAUUGUGGUCAUAGGUUUAAUUGUCGUACAUCCAGGCGUCUCCAGAAAUGUGCGACUGAAUCGUGAAGAUCAAAAUAAACUCCCAGAAAUCAUUGUGUCUUGUGUUGUCGAUCACGUUGCUAUUUUGGUAAUCUGUGCCAUCUACGAAACAAUCCUCAUUAUUGCGUCCACCAUACUCGGUGUGCUGAGCUUCAAAUAUCCGAAAAAUUUCAAUGAAGCCAAAUUUGUUUCAUUUUGUACUUUCAUUAUUGCAAUAAUUUGGGCUGCUUUUGUUGGACUGUAUGCUUACUUUAUAAUCGAAGAGAGACAAGAGAUACAGAAUGCUAUCACUGGGUUAGCCUCUGUGUUGAGUGCUUUUGCCGUUCUCGGCUGUCUGUUUGGGCCGAAACUCUUCAUUAUUUUCUUCAGGCCUGACCAAAAUAAACCGAAUCAGAAGGUUACUGGAAGCCAAGACACAGCUGUCAACCUAACCACCAUAACCCGCAAUCCAAGCUCAGAGGACACUCUCUCCACUAUGAAAGACAACAAUUCCAUGUCUGUUAAAGUUUCCAUGACAACUAAGACUGCAUACGCCCCUACCCCCCCCUCCCUGAAGAACAUGGACUCAUCAGAUGAUUCCGUCAGCCAAUGAACGGCCAGCAUUCAUUUCAUGCAUGUGACUGUUUCCACUAGUUCAGAACAUUU